AUGACGUCAGUAGUUAACACGGCUACAGGAGCAGAGGCAAAUCAAUUUCAGUUGGAAAAUGCUGCAUUUCCACAACAAGUUUCAACAAUGCAACAUCGACAAGGAUCAGCGGUGGUCCCAUCACAACUGAGUGGACAAGAAGGUGCGCUUAGGCUAACAUACAUACCACAGGGAACAACAGAUGUAGGUGUCCAAGGAACUGCGGGUGUAACAAUCAAUCAGGGCCCUGUUGGUACGGGAAACAAUCAAGGUGCUAUUAUUGAAAAUGCAAGGCAGGCUGGUCAACACGUGCAGGCGACCAAUGAUCGCCGCUUUAUAUUAUAUCAGAACCGAGUAGCAGGAAAUAAUACCGCAACUACAAAUUUGGAUGAUUCACACAUACCUCAAGGCUCUGGUAUUGUUGUUGCUGAUUCGCAAAUUGUUGAUCUCGGUCACAAAGUUAGAGAAGAACCGUAUGCAGCAGCGAACGAUAAUCAGCAACAGAAUUUCGAGACAAGUGUUGAUCACAUCUUAAACGCUGAGGAUGUGUUUUCAAGAAUGAUAGAGGACAAGAUCCGUAAGGAGUUGGGCACAGAAAUUCCAGAGCUUCCAGGAAAACCAUAUCCCCGCUAUGUCGAAUGGGAGCCAUUGCCAAGGAACUUUAAGAUUCCCGAUUUUCAGCAAUUCUCAGGAGAGGAUGAGAAGAGACCCGAGGAUCAUAUAAGUUUGUUUGAAUUGCAAUGCGGGUCGCGUUCCAGCCAAAGGGACAAUACCGAGCAAAGGUCAGUCAGAGCUGCACCCGUGAAUGACAGAGAAUGUCAUCGCGCUGUUCAUCCGAAGUUCCCUACUCCGCCAUUGAGGAAAGAAAAGAUGACCAGGACACAUAAACGACGAUGGCAGAGGGUUGUCAAUAAACAAAAUAGGGGUGCAACAGGAAAGUUAGGAAGGGUACAAGAGGAACAACCACUGUUAUCCCAGCAAGCGUCAAUGAAUGAGUUUUCAGGGCAGGAAGAUAGACGGUCACAGUUGUGGAGGAAAGUGGAUACGUUCUUCCCACCAUUAAACAUGGUUUAUAUGUUACCGAAAACUUUUCGUUUGAAAGAACCAGCAACUACAACAACUAUCAUCCCCAAAGCUGUUGCACACUCACUAGUUGUUCCUGAAGCAGCUUCGUUCGUAACAGAAACACAUGAUGCUACGGUUGGUGGUAUUCAGCUGCUAUCUCAAGAAGAUGGACCAGAAAUCAUAGCUACCGAUGCAAGUCCAUUUGCAGCUCAAGCUAAAGCUAUAGAGGCUUACUAUUACAACAGUGAAGUAGGUCCAUACCAUCUUGUUGGGAUGGAUAAGUAUGGUCGGCCACAACAGGCCACUAUGCGUCGUGAUAUGAGUCUUCUAGAGUGGAUGUUGUUACAAGAAGUCAAAAGGCCAUACAAUUACAACAUGUUAAGGUCGUUGCUAGCUGCUCCGUCUAUUGAAGAAGUAUUUAAUGAAGACAAUUGA